GUUAGUUUUGUUUUUGGUGUCUUAUCAAAUUAGUUGAAAUAUCAACUGAGCACAGAGAUAAAUGUACAUUUUAUGGUAAUCAUCUGGUUAUGAGAGAAUCAUAAAACAGUCACGAUGAUGAUGCGAAAAAAAGUUGAAGAUGAAGCCAUCACUGAGGAGGCAAAGGAUUGGCCACAAAUUUUAGCUGUUAUACUAGGUUGCCUCUCAGCUCUGACUAGUGGCCUCUUGAUCUCAUGGACAUCACCAUUCAUGCCAAAAAUAACCCAAGACAAAGUCAAUUACGACAUCACCGAAGAUCAAGCUUCAUAUUUCACAGCUCUAAACAUGGCAGCAAUCUGCAUCGUCUCACCGAUGACCAUAUCAAUUUCCGAUUCUAUUGGAAGGAAGAAAGCCAUUUUGCUGACAGCAAUUCCUCAUUCCCUGUCAUGGAUAAUCAAAGCGACCAGUACAAACUUGUACGCGCUGUAUGCAGCCAGGUUCCUAGUAGGCUGUGGAGACGCCUUGCAGUUCUCUUCCUUACCGAUUUAUUUAGGGGAGAUCACUACCCCUAAGGUGAGGGGCAUAUGGGGUUGCAAUAUGACCUGCUCCAUGUUCCUCGGACAAUUUUUGAUCAACGUCAUCGGUGCUUAUUUCAGUAUUAAGGAAACUGCUUAUAUUUGUUUGAUUGUACCUGUUAUAUUUGUGUUGACUUUCUCUUUCAUGCCAGAAUCUCCAUAUUUCUAUAUCAUCAAAGGCAGAGAUGAGGAGGCCAAGGAAUCUUUGCGUUGGUUGAGACGUAUGAAAAAUGUUGACAAAGAAUUCAACGAGCUACAAGUUGCCAUAAAACGUCAAAUGUCAGAGUCUGGAACUUGGAGGGAUUUAGUGAUGAUUAAAAGUAAUAGGAGUGCCUUGAUUGCUGGUAUCUUCCUCAGAGUAGCUCAAUUGUAUAGUGGUAUGUUUGCCUUCGCUGCUUAUAAUCAGGAUAUUUUCGCAAAGUCUGGAGGAUCUGUUGGUCCAGCAGUAUCAUCCAUGAUUUACAUGGGAGUGAGUUUCGUUCUGAAUACGUUAUCUUCCGUGUUUUCGAGUAAGCUUGGCAGGAGAAAAUCGUAUGUGACUUCGUCGGUGCUUGCUUCCAUAGCUCUUCUAGCAGAAGCAGUUUAUUUCUAUUUGGAAGCCUAUCAGCCGGAUGUAGAUCUUAGUGGCGUUAAAUGGUUUCCACUAGCUGAUAUGAUGGCUUUCGUGUUAUUCUGCUCGUUUGGGAUUGGUCUGUUACCAACACUGAUGUUAUCGGAAUUGUUCUCAGUGAGCGUUAAGGCUAAAGGGGUUUGUGUCGUGACAACCAUUUUCGGAUUGAUGACUGUUAUAACCAAUAUACUGUUUUAUAAUAUAAAUUUGUAUGUGGGUCUUUGGGCUUCAUUUUUCUUAUUUUGUGGAUGCACAAUGUUAGCAGCCGUUUUGGUCAACUUUUUAGUUCCCGAAACGAAAGGUAAAACUUUGGAAGAAAUUCAAGAUAUUCUGAGAGGUGUUAAAUGAAACGACUGUACUAUUGAUUCAGGAUUCAAGAAAUCAGUGAUCUGAUGCACAUGUAAGAAAAUUAAGUGAUGUUUACAUUCUGAUGACGUUGACUGUGAUUAUUUCAUAAAUAAAUUAAUUUUAAUGU